AUGAGGAUGAAGGUGGCACAUGGUUUUGGUUCCCUAGGUAACCUGUAUGGGCGAGGGGCCAAGGACAACAAAGGGCCGGUCCUGGCCUGGCUUCAUGCUGUGGAGUCCUACCAGGCCACAGAGAAGGAGAUACCAGUGAAUAUAAAACUCAUCAUUGAGGGUCUGGAGGAGGUGGGCUCAUACGGUCUGUUGGAGUUGACCAGGAAGAGAAACGACAGCUUCUUUGCAGAUGUGGACUUCAUAGUGAUCUCUGACUACGUGUGCUCUACCAGAACCCCAGCCCUGACCUAUGGAACCAGAGGGAGCAGCUAUUUCUUUGUGGAGGUUGAUUGCCCUAAACUGGACUUCCAUCCUGGAGUGUAUGGGGGUUCAAUCCAGGAGCCCAUGUCAGAUCUGAUAGCCUUACUGGGAAGUCUGUUAGAUCACACAGGUAAGAUCCUGGUUCCUGGGGUCACUGAUGAUGUCGCGCCCCUCACUGAAGAUGAGAGGAAGCUCUAUGACAACAUCAGCUUUGACCUGGAGGAGAUGAAGAGUGUGACUGGGGUCAAACACUUCCUACAGGACACUAAGUGUUUGGAGUGGAACCGGAGCUGAUCCGUGAGGGCUCCACCAUCCCUAUCGCUCAGAACUUCCAAGAGGAGACAGGCAAGAGGAGAUGGACCCGGAGCUGAUCCGUGAGGGCUCCACCAUCCCUAUCGCUCUGAACUUCCAAGAGGAGACAGGCAAGAGGAGAUGGACCCGGAGCUGAUCCAUGAGGGCUCCACCAUCCCUAUCGCUCUGAACUUCCAAGAGGAGAUGGAACCGGAGCUGAUCCGUGAGGGCUCCACCAUCCCUAUCGCUCUGAACUUCCCCGAGGAGACAGGCAAUAAUAAAUAAUAAUAUAAUAAAUCCCAUUUAGCAGACGCUUUUGUCCAAAGCGACUUACAAGUCGGCUGGGGCCACUACUUUUACAUAUGGGUGGUCCCAGCGGGAAUCGAACCCACGACGCUUGGCGUUGCAAGCGCCAUGCUCUACCGACUGAGCCACACAGGACCUCAGAGUGUGAUGCUGCCCAUAGGUGACCAUGAUGAUGGAGAGCACUCUCAGAAUGAGAAGAUCAGCAGGUACAACUACAUUGAGGGGACGAAGCUGUUAGCUGAUUAUUUUGAUGAGAUCUCAAUACUACAGAAGGUGCAGGAUAUAUUUCCAUCCAAGCUGUGACCAUGAUAAUUAUGCUGUAGGUGACAGUAUUGUGCUAGUUGAGUGCCUGGGUUUACAUCAAUAAUGGCUGAUCCCAUGCUGUGACUCCACUCUCCCAGGGUUUCUCAGGGGAGGGUGAUAUCCAAGAACCACAUGUCCAUUUCACCACACAAUGAAUAGCUUACACACUUGUACAUGUGUGAAACAGGACAAAUAACCACCCCUAUUUGACCUUUGAACGGGUAUUAUUACAUAGCCUGAAUGAGGUUUAUUACUUACCAUAGGAACAACAUUUUAGCACCCUCUCGUAUAACUAUUUAUAUUAUUUGUAUUUUAUGCAUGUAUUCUACUCUGGAUGAACUAAUAAAGGUAGCCAAGACAAACGGUGGCAUGUCUUGUGAAAUAAAUGUAUUGGCUGACUCAAUAAACACCUAAGUGUUAUCCAAAUGUAAAAA